UCCCCAGUCCCCGCCCAGCCACUCAGACCGCAGCGGAGCAAGAGAGCAGACGAUUUUCAACCUGCUCUUCCCGCUUCCCCUCGCCUCACCUCAGCGCCGUGUUUAGUGUGCGUGCGAGCGAGAAAAGUGCUCAAGAGUGUCAGUGUUAAUAGGAAAGCUUCGUGACUUUGGGGGGGUGUGGCGGCCUGGUUUGCACAGUCCGAGUGGUGGUGUGUUCUGAAGCUUCUCCAGUCUGCUGUUUCCCAGGACCAAUUGGUGCACGGGGACGUGAUCUAUCCCAAGUUUCACGCAGCACGGGCACGUAGCACGCUGCUUGGAGGCCAUGUUGCUGCUGACGUGCCGUGUGGUGCUGCUGCAGCUGCUGUGUGUUCUUGCCGCGGCAACCAGCCAGGGUGAGCGGACAUGGACGCUGGAGGCAACUUUACUGCACGACGAUCCCAGCCAUCCUCCAGAACCCACCCUCAAGGAGAGCGUCCACGAGAACCUUGAGACGCUGGCCACGCUGGAGCUGACCCUGCAUGACCUUCACCUGGAUGAGAGUGUGGUCAGCUCACCGGGGAGUCCAGAUGCAGCAGCACAACGAAGCCAGAUCAUUUCAGCACUGCACAACAAGAUUGGCAAAGUCAGUGAAGCACUUGGCUCUCUCCAAGGAUAUCUUGUCCAUCUCAAAAAUGAUAACUCAACAAUAAUAGUGUCUGAGGACAGUACUUCACUGCAGUGCAACACAACUACUCACUUUCCUUGUGGUGAUGGCACUUGCCACCCUAAUGAACAGAAGUGUGAUGGAAUAAGAGAUUGUGAUGAUGGAGCAGAUGAAUUGCUCUGCGGAUUAACACGGGCGUUGUGCGGCUCCAGUCAAUGGUCGUGUCUGGAAGGCAACCAGUGUAUCUCUGUGUUCUGGCGGUGUGACGGGGACAUCGAUUGUAAAGACGGCAGUGAUGAAUUGGAAUGUGGCUCACAUCGAUGUGCUGUCAAUCAGUUUGAUUGCUCAAAUUCAUCAACAAAUCAUCAGUGUAUUCCACGGAACUGGCGGUGUGAUGGGGAGGACGACUGCCCAAAUUCCACUGAUGAACGAAAUUGUGUGAGGGCACAGUGUAGUGAUGCUUACUUCAAGUGCUCCUCAGGUGACAAGUGCAUUCACAGUUUCUGGCGCUGUGAUGGUUCGCCAGACUGCUUUGAUAGUAGUGAUGAGAGUAACUGCCACGAGAUAAUUGCCUCAUGCACAAGUAAGGAGUUUGAAUGUGCCUCUCACAAUGAGUGUGUGCCGAAAGAGAAGGUUUGUGAUGGUGCUGGAGACUGUCAUGACCUGAGUGAUGAGGCUGUCUGUCCAUCAACACCCAGUAAGAGGUUUCCAUUUGUUCCCAAAAAUACACAUGAGGUCCCGGUUGAGCAGAAGGUUACUGUUGUAAACUCAACUACUGAGUGUAAAGGGAGAUUCUUGUGUGCCACUGGAAACCUCUGUAUACCUGCUGAGUGGCAUUGUGACAGAGAUGAUGACUGUCCUGAUUCCAGUGAUGAAGUUGGAUGUAUUGAGGCUGUUUGCAAGGAGGGCUACUUCAGGUGUGUCUCAGGGGACAAGUGUGUUCACUCCAGAUGGCGCUGUGAUGGAGAUUAUGAUUGCUUUGACAAGAGUGAUGAAUUUGGAUGCUCAGACAUACAUGUUGAAUGUGAAGGCUCUGACUUCAAAUGUACUUUGCAUGGGGAGUGUGUUCCGCCAUCCAAGGUGUGUGAUGGUGUUUCGGAUUGUCAAGAUUCUAGUGAUGAAGCUCGAUGCCCCAUCCAUGUCAUUGACACUGCCAUUCUGCCCUCCAUACUUGGUGUUGCCCCAAACGUUAGCAAGAAUGCCUCUGAAUUGGUUUCUUGUGGACCAUUUGAAACCCAAUGUGUCUCAGGGCAGUGCAUUGCCUCAGGCUGGUGGUGUGAUGGAGAGCUGGACUGUAUAGAUGAAAGUGAUGAGCAUUUCUGCCCAGAGAGUAUAUGUGAGAAGGAUCAGCUGACCUGUGCAGCUGAGGGCAAAUGCUUUCCACUGAGCUUCAAGUGUGAUGGCCAGAGAGACUGCAGUGACGGCAGUGAUGAGGAAGGCUGCCCCAAGAGGGCAUGCAUGAAAAGUGAGUUCACCUGCCAGGACACAGGUCGCUGUCUACCAAAUCAGUGGUGGUGUGAUGGCCAGCGUGAUUGUCUAGAUGGCGAUGAUGAGGUGGGCUGUCCAAAGUUCCAGGUCAAAGGAUGUGACCUGGACCGAGGUCAGUUUCCUUGCCGAUCAGAUUCUAAAUGUCUCUCUUCCAAGAGGGUGUGUGAUGGUCACAGGGACUGCAUUGAUGGCAGUGAUGAGGGGGGAGCAUGUGAGGAACUGUGUUUUGCCAACUCAUGUAGUGACGGCUGCUUCAGAACACCCCAUGGGCCUCAGUGCACUUGUCCCACCAACACAACACUCGAUGAUCGGGGUGUUACCUGUGUCGGAGGCCUCCCAUCCCCAUUCGUGUUGGUAGGGCGGAGGGAUGCCCUGGAAGCAUAUUCCCUUGAUGGCUCGUGGAAUCUUACUGUCUAUGAGGGAAAGUCAACACAUUCUGGGGUCAUUAAAGUUGCAUAUGAUCCUGUGGAGGAUGAAGUGUACUGGAGCAUUGUGGAGAUGGCUGGUGUGUACAAGAGGGACCUUAUUAAGAAAAAUCCUCCCCAGUUUGUCUUUGAUACAGAUGAGAACGUUGUGGAGGCUUUUGCCAUUGACUAUCUGGGUAGAAACAUGUACAUUAUGGAUGGCAUGAGGCAGCUGCUGCUUGCAUGCUCGCUCAAGGACUUUGUUUGCGCAACAGUCCUCACCAACACCACAUCUUCCCCUCGAUCUCUGCAGCUUGAUCUAAGAAACAGAAAAAUGUUCUGGACUGAUUGGAAAGCAGGCAUAGUGGAAUCCAGUGACCUGGAUGGCUUCAAACGGUCAGUUUUGGCCUCUAACUUGAUGUGGCCCAAUGCGUUGGCCAUUGACUCAGUAUCUCAGAGAGUUUACUGGAUGGAGGCAUCAACAGACUCACUGGAGUCCAUGAAGUAUGAUGGCACCGACAGGAAGCUCAUCUCCAGUGGCACAGUCCAGCAUGUGUACGCCAUGGAUCUGUGGGCAGACAACCUUUACUUCACUGACUGGUCCACUCAAACUGUGUACAAGUGCAACCCAAAUGCCUGCAAUGACAAGACUCCCGUCACUGAUGUGCUUCCUGGCUCACCAUUCGGCGUCAAGGUUGUUCACAUCCAGCUUCUUGAGGUUUCCAAUCCAUGUAAGAACCAGCCAUGCAGUCACAUUUGUCUUCUAUCUUCAACAACUGGCAAGGGGUACAGGUGUUCAUGUCCCUCUCACCUUACACUGCAGAAGGACCAUCACACCUGUGCUGUACCAAAAAGGUUUUAAGAAUUGGAUGGGGCAGCUUCUUGUGCCAAAUUCUAUGCUUAUGUCUCCAUCAUCCAGCAUUGUCUGGUUAGUUAUGGAAUAAUUUAUAAGUUCUGAGGGUGUAUUUAGGCUUCCUAUUGUUGGUCCUUUUUAUAUAAAACGUAGCAGGUAAAUAAUUAACUUAAGGUUGAUUUCAGUAAAUCACGCAUGACUUUGUUUGUGUAUGUUAUGAAAUGUGUUUGUUUUGUUGUUGAUCAUUAGUUAUAGUGAUAUGUGUUGAACUCUGUCACUCCUUGGUUGGUGCAUAGGAAAAAAGAGAUUAAUAAGUACAAAUAUCUAUAUGUCAUAACAUUCACACGUGUUUUCGUCCUUCAUUAAAACUUAUAAAAAUUUCAAUAAUACAGUAGCUAUGUUUUAUUGAUUUGUCUUGUGAGAAAACACUUGUUCCUUGCUGAAAUAGGGCAUAUCUAAAGCUGUUGCAUAAUAAGAUCCAGGAAAUGUAUACUUUAUGAGACAAAAAAAGAAAAAAAAAAAACGAAAAAGAAUAUGUAUAGUAGUAUGAUCCAUCCCAUGAUACAACGCGCUGCUGGAUUUGUGAUAUUCAUCAUAUAAUUGAAGAUAGUAAUAUUUUUAACUUGUUCUUUAUUGUACAUUAUGAUAUGAAUGGUUUUUCAUGAACAUGUUUAAAAUGAGUGUUUGCUUCUAAUAAGAGGCCCAGACAUCUGCCGUAUUAAUAUUUCCUUGCAGAUGACAUGAAAAAUAGUGCAAAUAAAAAAGAACAUGCCCUCACCGAAUUUCCAUAUCUUUUGAAACUCCAUUAUAUUUGAAAAGAACAGGGUAAUGAAAGUGAACAUCUGACUGAUGCUGAUAGAAGAAGGUUACGUAGAAAAUAAAUGAAGACUGUGUGAGGCAAGGUAAAGGAUGAUUAGUGUAGAACUGAUGUCUUUUCAAAUUUACAGAUUACUCAAUAAACUUAAGUUGUUAUGAUAGGAGAGAUUGUGACUUGAAAUGGAUGCCAAGAUAUUUCAAAUGAUAGCUAGUGAAUAAAUGACUAAAUAAAGGCAAA